ACUCUGAAACAUGUUCGCCUUUCGAUCAUGGCCCGCUGUGACUCGUGUGCAGACUAUACGAAGACCGUUAGGGGUAUGUUUUCAUUCAAAAGAUAUCAAUAGCUAGAAUUGGUUGAACUGAUAAUUUUAUGGAUAGGUAUGUUCAGUCCUACCAAGGUCGAAUUUUUCGGCGGCAGCUCUACUGCGCCAGGAAAUUACCGAAGAGUAGGUCCCAGUUGCUUUGCGGCAGUGGAUUAUAUUGGUUUCUCCUGACGGGAGUUAGGACUUCCACUAGCAACCCAGGUGCUGAAGCAGUAGAUCCCGACGCCGACCUGGAACCUCGCAUUCCCUUAAGUAUUCAGUCGGUUUGGUACCGGCCCUUCAGACGUAGGGCAGAAUAUGGCCUCCCAGUAUGCAAUCUUCAGAUACGGUCUUACAGUGUUCGUAACUUGGAAUUCAUGUGCGACUUUGCCCUCCGUGCAGCAUACUACCUAAACCUCCCGGCGUCUGGACCAGUACCACUCCCGCGGAGGACUGAGAGGUGGACUGUUCCCCGAGGCCAUUUCGCUCACAAAAAGUCCCAGGAAAAUUUUGAGAGAGUCACAUAUAAGCGGUUAAUUCAGAUUAAGGAUGGUCAUCCGGAAACGGUGGAAAUAUGGCUGGCUUACUUGAAGAAGCACCAGUUCUAUGGAACUGGCAUGAAGGCGAACGUCUGGGGCUUCGAGGAAUUGGGUGACCCUCUCACCGCACGUGUUAUAUAUUUAUUACUUAUAUUAAUUCGGGGCUUUUGUAGGUGUUGGCAAACGGAUGAAUGUCAGCUUAGACAAUUUACGGGACACGGAAACGAAGCCUAAAUGGGCGCAUAGCGGAGCUGGAAAGACCCUUGAAACGGCCGAGAGGGUUGCGGAAAUCUUGAACAGCCCGGAAUACAGGGUUCUCGCAAACAAGACCAAUGUGGAAGAAGCCGAGAGGGAGCUCCUUCAAGCCGCCCCACUGGAAACAGUGGGCUCAGAAGGAGCUUCAGAAGCUGAAGUAGACGAGGCUAUACAGAAGGUGGAGGAGGAAGCAAUGAAGGCCGAAGAGUCAAAAGAGGUUGCCGAAGUACAUGGGGUGGAUCGGAUAUUUGACGAAACGGCCGAGCCGGAAGAACCGUCUGGGUCCGGGGCUCAACCGAUCGAUGAAGCCAAGAUCGAGACGCUGACAGAUCCCCCGGGGCCUCCCCCUACGAUAGAAGAUACUCUUGUAACAACUUCUUCCCAGGCAGCUAAGGUUCCCGAACCACCCCCAUUAGCUCAAACUCAGGAGAAAGAGCUCGCAGCCUUCGCUACAGAAGCUAUACCACCAGAGGCGAAGGAGGCCACAGACCUUCCUCAAGAUCCUUCAGCAGACCAAGCAGAGGGAGUCGUAGCAACCUUUGCACCCGCCGAGACCUUGACGGCAUCUCCAGCCUUAGUGGUAGACGCACCAAAGGAAACAGUGCUAGAGGAACGACUUGUUGAAACAACUGGGGUUACUCCUUUGCAACCAGAAUCCUCGGCUACAUAUCCAGUACCUGAGACCCCUAAAACAGUAGCUGAAACCCCAUCAGCCAAAGCUAUGGUAACACCCCCGCAUGAGACAGAAACGCAAUCACCUGCCAUGGAGAAAGCCAGACAUACACCUGAGGUUCAGGUAGGGGGGGAAUUGGUAGACACCACAGAAACUUCCUUGCCAGUUGUGGAGGAAGCCAAGCACAUUUCUAAGGCUCUAGCCGGGAAGGCGUUGUUAGAUACCACGGAAAACUCCUCGACAGUUGUGGAGGAGACCAAAGAUACUCCCGGAGAUCAAGCGGAAGGCGGGUUGACAGGCGCUGCAGCCACCUCCCCACCAGUUGUGGAGGAAGGUAAGGAUGUUUCUGAUGCUCCGGCGGAAGAGCCAUUCGUAACCCCCAUAGGAGCCGCCUCUCCCGUCUCUGAGGCCCAACCGCCGGUCGCGGGGGAAGCCAAAGAGAUAUCUCAGGAAAAUCCGACGCAGGAUUCAUGCACAAGACUCUCCGGAACCGCUAUCCCAGUACCAGAGGAAGAACUUCGAUCAGAGACGGAGCCUCAGGGAAUCACCGCUCAGACGGCCCCAGAAGCCACUGAAGCACUGAAGGCCGAAGUUGAGGUGGAAACGGAGGUCAAGGUGGCUGAAGAAAUAGCCGCUUCUGAGACAACAAGGGAAGGUGCGGGCGAUCCGAAACCAGAUAAAAAGGGCUAGACUUAACACAUUGGGAUUUUUUGUACUAUAUCACAGGCUAUGAGCGAUUCUCUAAGUAGGUACAUUUGAAUAGAUUCCUAGCUCUAUGAGUUGACCCUUCAAGUAUGGAAUCCACUCUACAAAGUGAGACAGACCACUAGUAUGGGGGGUGAAUGGAUGGCGGCUUUACCCAAAGCUAUGUGGUGUGAUCAGAACCGGUAUGCCUCCUUCAGAGAACACCUUGAUUCCCACCUGCCUUCAUUAUGCUCACGCCUAAAGUGCUCUCUCGUGAUGCUUAGUUUUAGGUUUUAUCAAGAGCUCUUCUCCCCAUAGUGCCCUCAGUGGAGCGAAGGCUGUGUAUUUCCCCUUCUUACCCGUGGCGGGAAAAGGGGUGGAAAUUAUCUUAUCAGAGAAGGGAGAUCUCAUGUGAAAUUUCCAAAAAAGCCGAUGGGGGUUGCGCUCUUCUCUUGAGCGAAGCAUGACAAUUCAUUUGCGGUUUCUCACGUGACCUAUGUUUGUCUCCAUGU